CAGUUGCUCCAAAAAGUUUUUCCUGACGCGUGCCGCUUCCUCAGGUGAUCUGCCAUUGUUUUGAGGGAUUUAUUCGCGAAUAUGGCGGAUGUUCUGGAUAUUGAUAACGCCGAGGAGUUCGAGGUCGACGAUGAAGGCGAUCAGGGAAUCGCCAGGCUCAAGGAGAAGGCGAAGAAGAGGAAGGGAAGGGGACAUGGAGCUGAACUGGCGUCCACUCGUGAUGAUGUUGGACAUUAUGAGUCGAUGAAUGUUGUCGAGGAUGACGACAAUGAACCUGGCCCCCAAAGAUCUGUCGAAGGAUGGAUUUUGUUCAUAAAUUCAGUCCACGAAGAGGCGCAGGAGGACGACAUCCAGGAUAAAUUCUCUGAAUAUGGACAGAUAAAGAAUUUACAUUUGAAUCUCGACAGGAGGACUGGAUUUUUGAAGGGAUAUGCACUGGUUGAAUACGAGACAUUCAAGGAGGCCCAGGCUGCCAAGGAGGCAUUAAAUGGGACUGAGAUACUGGGUCAGGCCAUUUCCGUCGACUGGUGCUUCGUUAAGGGACCGAAAAAGAUCAAGAGGAGAAGUCACAGGAGGCGAUGAGACACCCUUCAACCACUAUUCGGAUUCCUUGAUGUUCAAUUAAUCACAAAACAGGGAAGAAUAUUUUGUAUUUGAGUCAUUAAGCGGAUAAGACAACGUUUCGUUUUAAAGACAUGAUUUAAUACAUAAAAACAAAAUGCCUUCUUUCUAAUUAAACUUGUUACUCCCAAAAAUGAUCAACUGGAUAUUUAUUUACUUUUCUAGAGGAUGUAUAGGAGUUGAGAUUGCAGUCGAGUAAUUCGUAUGAAAACCUAAUAAAUUACUUUAACAAAAAAGAAGCAGAAUUCAUGUUUGCGUUUUUCUGGGCUUGCACAGGCCCUAGUCAGAAGUGUCUUCCCAGUACUAGGAGGAGGUUGGAAUGUUCAAUUCCCAGGUUUUCUAAUUUUUAUUAUUCAAUUAUACUUAUUACUCCCAAAAAUCACUAACUCGACUCAUAAUUUCCAAAUAAAGUGAAUGUUUAUUCAUUUUUCUGAAGAAUGUAUAUGAGUUGGGAUUACAGUUGAAUAAUUCGUAUGAAAACCUAAUAAAUUACAUUGAAAAAACAA